AUCCUGCAAUAUUAGCCACUAUUAGUGGGAAUCUAUUAGUAAAAUUAGUCUGCUAGUAACACUAACAACAGUAUACUUUUAUACUGUACAGUAUAGAUGUUAAGUGCUGGUAGUUAUAACAAAAUAUGUUCAAUUCGGGGACAGCAAAAAUCAUGACAAGGGUUGUUUUAAUUCAAAGAAAAUGGCGUGUUGAAUGGCACCAACAUGGUAUUCAUAAAGAAAAGAAAAAUUUCCAAAUCAGUAACACAGUACACGAGUAGGGGUAAACGAAGGGCUUUGCUGUCGGAUCCUUUUCGCAUUAAAACUGACAAGCACUCAUUAGAAAUAUUGUCACCACUUGUAGUACCAUCAACAAGUCGGGCACAGACAGCAUUGCCAUUGGAAGAACAGAAAUAUCCACAUGACAUUGAGAUUGAUCAUAGUGAUGAUAUUGAAGGUAAGAGUCGUUAUGAAAUAAAGAAGGAUGGCAGCCUACAGGACUGGAAGAAUAUAAGCAACCAGCUGUAUGAGUGUUUCCUGUCCACUGAAUUUUUACAUAAUGGGCAUUGUCUUGAUUGUGAUGAAAGCAGUCAGUUGUACCGGUGCAUUGACUGUUGUCCAUGGGAAGCAGUUUGUGGAAAUUGCCUACAGAAGAGACACCAAUUUCCUCAUUUGCACAUUUUUGAGGCAUGGAGGAAUCAAGCAUAUGUUGGAGCUGUGUUAGAUACACCACCAUGGAUAUUACGGUCACAUACACAUUGUAGUACAAGCUAUUUGAAAAAUGUUGUAAUAGUUGAUGAAAAGGGCAGACAACAUGUAAGAUCCCUUCAAUUUUGUAAGUGUGAGGGUGAAGCCAUCACACUUAUCAGGUACAGACUUUGGCCUUCUUCGACCAAGUUUCCAAGAAUAGCCUUUCACUUUGAUUUGCUAAAAUGGUUAAAUGGACUUCUUAUUGAAUGCCAUCUGUCAGUUAAAGGUUUCUGUGAAGCACUGAAGGCCAGGAGUUCAAAGCACCACAGAAGUUAUUUUGAUUAUCCGAUAAAAGAUAUUUAUAAAGUGCUGAUAAGUGAAACAGUAACUGAAUUUCGUCAUUUCCUGCACAGAAUCGAACAGCCAUCAAACCUGUGUGAGAACCUUGAUGAUGGCACAGAAUGCCCAGCUUGUUUUUCUACAUCAACUAAGAUCUACAGUUUUGAUGCUGAUUUUCAGUUAGUUAGGAAAGCAUCAGCUGGUAAGCAGUGGGAACAGCCAAAGCACCAUGAUUGCUUCUUCCUUGAUCAAGCAAAGGUCGACAAAUUUAUGGAGGACUAUUGUGCAGAUAAAAAAAAGCCUGAUGUGGAUUGUAGUGAUUUCCAGGCAGGAAAUAAUGUGAGAUCCAAGAAUAAGACCAACAAGCUAUCAGAGACAGCAGUAUUUGGUUCAACCUGUCGUCAUGAAUAUCCCAAAUAUUUCUUUAGCCUUAAAUAUGGUGAAAGAUUGGGGUAUUCUGUUUAUUUGUUAAACAAAUUGCUGGAAGAAAAACCAGUUGAUGACAGCCAUCCAAUUUAUGUCAUGUAUGACAUUGCUUGCAACCUACACAGUCAUUUAAAGAAACAUACAGCUUCCUCAGUUUUGGAUAAAGUCAAGUUUUCUAUACCAAUAUUUCAUUCAUAUGGCCAUAAAAUGAGUUGUCAGGUUUUAUAUGGUCCAAGACGAACAAGCGGCAUAGGACUCACUGAUGGUGAGAGUUUGGAGAGACUAUGGUCCUACCUGGGGAAAUUCUCGAGAAUAACAAAAGAAAUGACACCGGAAAAUAGAAUUGAUCUCUUGACUGAUGCUUUACUACAUUAUGGUAGUAGAAUAAGGAACAAGCUCAGUCAAAGUCUACCUGGGAGAAUGAAAAAGGCCAUCUUUCUUGAAAACACCAGCAGUACAACCUUGCAGGAACUUUUAAAACCAUUGUCAGGUGUAUCUGAUGAAAUGGUGAAUAAAUGGAUUGAAGAUGAAAAACUGAUGUUUAGCUCUACUACCAAUAAUCAGAAAUUGGAAUUGACACCAAAAGAAGAUUACUGUCUGAAGUUGGAAGAUCUAUAUAAGAUGAGAGAGACACUGCCUCCUGGACAGCUUCAAGAAGAUAUAACAUACAAAAGAUUGAAUAAGACCAUUGAAAGAAUUGAAAGCAGACUGAAAGUUAAAUAUACAAAGACCGACAUAUUGUUCACAAGUCAUCUGUCAAGCGCAAAAGAAAAAAACAGACUUUUUAUACUAACAAAACUGCAGAGGUCUACCAGUGAGAGGCACUUCCUGUUAGAUCUGAUAAAGAAAUAUGCCAGAGGACAAGCUAUUGCAAUUCGCUUGUCAAAGCAAGUACAGAAGGUAGUGGCCAAGAUCAAGCAGGCCUUGGCAGAGUACAAUUUGGUUGGAGAGCCAUCCACUUCUUUUCCACUUAAAUUAAAUUUUGAUGAUAUUAAAAACCAGGAUAAUGAAAUUUGGCAGAAACUUGAAGUGACAGACCGAGCUGAUAGUUUAUCAGCUGUGAAAAGACAGGCUAUUCAGCUGAAGUCCAUGAUUGAUAGAGCCAAGGAGGAGCAGUGUCUUGUAAAACAAGAAAUGGUAUCUACAAUAAAAUGGUACAAACAUCAACAUUCACUGCUAAUUGCUUCAAUGAAUAAUGCUACAAAAGGAAGAAAAGCGUGCCUAGUGAAGGAAGGAUUAUUCAUUGAAGCAAAAUUGUUGGAAUUUAUCAAAUCGUUUGAUGAACAUAUUGUAGAGGAAAGUGUGCAAACAAUAUUCUUUUCUAUUGUUGGAUUAGAUAAAGAUGUGGUUGAGGGAAACGAUUUUGAUUUACCUGACUUUGAUGAAAAUGUUCUUAUAAAUGUAGAUUUUGUUGAUGAUGAUGAUGAUGAUGAUGAUGAAGAUGAUAUAAAUGUUUUAUACUUCAAUGAAGAGAAUUUAAAUUAUGAAGAUUUUGAAGAUGACAAUGAUGAAGAUUUACAUGAUAUUUAGACUAUCAAUUUUUAUUCAUUUAAUUGAUGAAUUUCAGACAAUAACAAUAACAGUUGUAAGAAAUUUCAAAUUGUUGAUUUACAUGCAAUACUGUUCAAGUGAAUUAUUUAUUUUUUUUAAUUCUGUGAAAAAUUAAAUUAAAAACAUUUCAAGCCUAUACUUUUAUUGUAUGACAAAAAUAGAAAUUGUAGCACAUAUGGCGAAAUGUAAGGUAAUUUUUUAAUAGAAUUUUUAUUACUUGACGUAAAGGAUGUAUUCUUUUGAGGUUUCUGUCUCGUUGAAAUCUCGUUCUGGAAUUAUUUCAAAAACAUGUGAUACAAGUGGAAAAUAGCAAUGAAUUUAAUAAAUAUCUAAUCAAACUUAACUCUGUGAAAAAAUUGUGUAUCUACAAUUAGUAGUUUUUGAGUAUUAUACAUUUUUCAAAUUCUAUUACCUAUCAAAUCAGUCUUUUUAGCCAAAAUUUUGAGAAAAUGGAUGAGGAGUACAAGAAAUGAUUUAACCAGAAACAUGUACAUCCCAUAUCACUUUUUUCUUUUCAAAUUUCUUUGAUAUGUAUUUUUUAAUCAUUUAUAACAAAGAAGUUGAAAUAAUAUGCAUAAUUGUGGAACUGUGAUUUUGUUCACGAUAAUAGCCCCAAAAUGGGACAAAAUUGAAGAAAAAUUGGAAAAUCAUCAAAAUUGGGUACUUUCAAAUAGCCGUAGCAAAAAAAGAAGUGCACUACCAUAUGAUAUUUUGUUCCCCAAUUUUUUUUUUAUAGUCAUAUAAACCCAAAAAUCAGGUUUAGAAAAAAAGUUUAAUUCUAGAAAUUUUUGGCUCCUCAGAGGUGUACAUCCUUAAGUCUUUUUUCUCUUACAAAUUGUUUCAGCAAAUAAGUAUCAUUUUUCAUAUGUCUGUUUUCAGAGAAAAUGGAAAAUUUAGCAAAGAACUCAUAAUUUGCCUAAUGAACCACAUUUUUGGGGGAUAAUUGCCCUUGAACAGAUGUGUGUUAUUUUUUUCUUGAUUAUGCACAGUGGCAUACUAUAUUCUCAACAAUGAUUUUCUUAUUUUUUUUGAAAAUAGAAAACUUAUGUAUUUUGAUUAAAAUGAUGAAUGAUAAACAAAAAUUUGCAUUCAUGUAUGUAUGCCAGGGUUUUUGAUAUCACAAAUAGUAAAAGCAUUCACUACAUUUUAUCAUCAGUAUAAGGACAUCAUUGGUAAAUAUAAAUCAACAUGCAGACAUCUUAUAGGUUCAGGUAUUUCACAUCCAAUCUUUUAUGGUAAUAUUCUUUACAAAGCACAAAAAUGUGGACAUUUACCUCAAAAGCUAACCAAACCUUAUUUAGAAGGGAUAUAGUUACGAUUCUGUUGUCAGGUCAUUAAAGAUGGCAUAUAUAGGUAUAAAUAUUGAUUCAUUUAUAGGGUCCUAGCAUAAAAAAUAAACACAUUUAUUAUAAAACCAGUUGUUGGCAUGACACGGUUUAUGUUCUUCUCAUUUAUUUUAUGAUGGUAUAAUACUAAACCCCUAACGGGAGGGAUUGUGCUUGAUUUCAGAUGAUGAAGACAUAAUUUUUCAAUCAGUUAAAUUGAGGUCUGGAACUGGCAUGUCAGUAACUGCUAGUAGUUUUUAGUUAAUUUAUGUAUCAUUGUCAUUUUGUUGAGUUACUUUUGUUAUCUAUUCUGACAUCAAACUCAGACUUUUUUAAGUUUUACUUUUUGUCGAGCCUGCAACUUUUGUCGCAGAAAGCUCGACAUAGGGAUAGUGAUCAGGCGGCGGCGGCAGUAGCUUACUUCUUAAAAGCUUUAUAUUUUAGAAGCUAGAAGACCUGGAUGCUUCAUACUUUGUAUAUAUAUGCCUUAUGUUACAAAGUUUCCGUCUGUCAUAUGUUCAUUGUCCUUGACCUCAUUUUCAUGGUUCAGUGACUACUUGAAAAAAAGUCAACAUUUUUUGUAAUGUUAAUUUCUUUCUUAUUAUGAGUAAUAGGAUAACUAUAUUUAGUAUGUGCGUACCUUGCAAGGUCAAAGUCAGACAAUUUUCAUUUGACCUCCACCUCAUUUCAUGGAUCAGUAAACAAUUUUCGCAUUUUUGCGCCUGUCCCAAGUCAGGAGCCUCUGGCCUUUGUUAGUCUUGUAUCAUUUUUAAUUUUAGUUUCCUGUGUAUAAUUUGGAGUUUAGUAUGACGUCCAUUAUCACUGAACUAGUAUACCUAUUUGUUUAGGGGCCAGCUGAAGGACACCUCUGGGUGCGGGAGUUUCUUGCUGCAUUGAAGACCCAUUGGUGGCCUUCAGCUGUUGUCUGCUCUAUGGUUGGGUUGUUGUCUCUUUGACACAUUCCCCAUUUCCAUUCUCAAUUUUAAGGUUAAGUUUUCAUGGUAAAGUCCAUAUAUCAGAUACUAUAAGCAGUAGGUCUACUAUAUUUGGUAUAUGGAAUGAUUGUAAGCAGGGCUUCCAAAAUUAUUUUUAGCCAGCCGGACAUUUUAUAUAUAAUCCCGAUUUUAAUCCCUUAAGACUAAAUAAACAAAAGACAAUUAUGGUAUUCAGUUGCUGAGUUGGCCAUCCCAAUGAUUGACAUUAAAAAAAAACGAUAUUAAAGUUUCUUUUAAAUUUGUAAGGUGUACAUGUCCAACUGGUAGGUGUCAUCUGACAUUGACCUCAUUUUCAUGGUUCAGUGGUCAAAGUUAAGUUUUUGAGUUUUGGUCUUUUUUUCUAAUACUAUAUGCAAUAGGUCAACUAUAUUUGGUGUAUGUAAAUAUUUUAUGAUGUACAUGUCAGUCUCACAGGUUUUAUUUGACCUUGACCUCAUUUUCACGGUUCAUUUCUCAGUGUUAAGUUUUUGUAUAUUGGUCUGUUUUUCUUCAAUUAUAAGCAAUAGAUCAACUAUAUUUGUUGUAUGGAAGGAUUGUAAGGUGUAUAAAUCUGUCUGGCAGGAAUCAUCUGACCUUGACCUCAUUUUCAUGGUUCAUUGGUCAAUGUUAAGUUUUCUUGGUUAAGACUAUUUCUUAGAAACUAUAAGCAAUAGGUCAACUUUGUUUGUUUUAUUGAAUGAUUGUAAGGUGUACAUGUAUUUCUCGUUUGGUUUAACUGACCUUGACCUCAUUUUCUUGGAUCAUGUUAAGAUUAUGUGUUACUUGUAGUAAAGCUUUAUAUUUAGGACUAUCAACAUAAAAUCAAUGGUUAGUAAAGAAGGCGAGACAUUUCAGCGUGUGCACUCUUGUUGUAUUGCUGUGUGUUUGUUCAAUCUACAUUGGCUAGAGGUAUAGGGGGAGGGUUGAGAUCUCAUGAAACAUGUUUAACCAGCAACAUUUUUCCGUAUGUUCCAAGUCAGGAGCCUCUGAUUUGAAGACCCAUUGGUGGCCUUCAGCUGUUUUUUUUUACUCUUUGGUGUCAGGUAGUUGUCUCUUUGACACAUUCCCCAUUUUCAGUCUCAAUUUUAUGUACAUAUUAUUUAACAUUGUAACAUUGUUAAUAAUGUAUUUUUUUUUUACUGUUCUUUGCUUGGAUUGAAGCAUAAAGUAAUGCAGACAAGAUAAUUGUUAAUGCUUUUAUAAAAUAAUUCACAUUUUCUAAAUGUGAAAAUUUAAAAACAAGUAUGGUAAAAAUUCAGAUUUAUUAAACACUUGUUAUGUUGACAAAUUUUGCAAAUUAAAGAUUUAUUCAUAGUGUCAUAUUUCUGGGGGUACAAAGAAACAUUUGUUAAAAAAAUCACAAAUAGAUUUGGAGACAUCUAUACAGUGAUGAAAACAAGAUGAUUUUUUAUGUUACAAUAAAUUUAUUUGCAUUGUCUAGAAUUAAUGUUUGUAAUAAUCUGGAAAAAUCAUGACAGAAACUUAGAUUCAUUAAACUAUAGUUAUCUGCAUAUUAUGCUAAAAAAAUAUUUCUAGUGUCAUAUUACAGGGAAAAAACUUUCAUUUUGUUCAAAUCACAAAUUAUAUUUGGUAAGAAUGACAUGAAAACCUAAAAGACAAUUUUAGAAUGAAAUAUCUAUUAGUGCUUGUAUUAAAUAAAAGGAUAAAUGUGUGAUAUGCUAUUCCAAAUUGAGUUCUUGGUUCUUUUGUAUGAUUUUUUUUUUUUUUUUUUUGAAAAUAAAAGAAAAUUGAGAAUCAUCUUUUAGUGCUAUUAUAAUAAACAUUUAUAUCCAGGUACAUGUUGUAUUUUUAUAAUCCACAAUGGAUUCUUUUUUAUCCAUACCAGUCAAUAGACUGCUGUUUGGCGCCUUAUCCAACAAUAUAUUUAUUUGUUUAACAUGUUUUAUCAGUAUAUAUAUUAUGACAAAAAGUAAAAAAUCUAUAUGCCA